CUUCCCCAGACGCCCAAGAACGAGAGGGAAGUCACCUGUCCUGCUCGCCACGCUGACGUCACAUCGCGCCACCACGCCGGCCGCGCGAUCGCGAGGGCGGUGGCGGGCGCGCCGGAACACGAGGCAGCUUCACUUUCGCGGCGCGCUUGAUAGGGAUCGGUCGAUAUCGGAUUUCGCGGAUUCGUACUUACGCACUUAGGUUACCUAGGUUUAGGCUAAUCAUAUUCUUAUAACGUUGAUUUCAUUAAAUUUAAUUGUUGUUGAUCGUUUUUCGUAUUUUCUUACUCUGAUUCCUAAAAUCAGAUAGCGGGAUUAGAUAACUUACGCUAGUGGCAUCCAGGCAGCUCGUGUUAUCGUUAAAUAUUUAAAAAUCGAAUUCCGUUAGCUUGUUGCGCGAUAGUUCGUGUAGUUAUUCCGUUGUUCUAAAUCUAUUCGAAGUUAUACCUGCGUCUUUGCUUGUGAUAGCUUAAUAAUUGGCUUAUUGUGGUGCUUCUUAUAAUUUACAUUCGUAGCUAGUAAUCGUUUUGCAAUCGUGUUGUUUUUAAAUGUAGUUUUGCUUGCUUUGUUUUAUUAACUAAUCUAUGCACAUAGUUUAAGGAUAUUUAUGCGUGUACAUAGCUACGCUAUAGCUAAUAGUUUGCUUUUGUUUAUGUUGUACAAGUGUGCAGGUAGUUAAUUACGUAUUAAUUUAAAACCGAAUUGCUAACGACUUUACUUAAAUAUGCUUCUACCGUUACCGAGUUCGUAUUUGAGUUGAUUUAUUUUCUACUGUUCGAAAUGUCGGAGAAAUCAUCCAAUCGUAAACGUAAGCGUAGUCGGAAUAGAAAUGACGACGAUGAUUCGGUACUAAAUACGAUAUUACGUAAAAUAAGGAAACUUGAGGAUAAAAUAGGGUCCACGUCGACAACGCCGCGCCCGCCUUCGCCGGUUUCAAAUGGCUUUUCUGUUUCUGCUUAUGAUUCACAGCGAGCAACGACACCACCACUGCCGGCCCCAGGUGCUGCUACGCUGAUGGCACUUCCGACAGUUAUGGAGGGUCCAGCAGCAGAGAUUGAAAAGCCUCCGAUCUCUGUCGCAAGUCCUCCCGUCGACGAGGUAACGGAGAGGAUCGUGGGAACGCUGUCGUCGCUCUUGCAACUGACGAGCAAGCAAGUGAUGAAGAAGAUCGAGCGGACGAGGGCGUCACGCUGUCAGGGACGGCCGUAUUACCAGAAACUUCCCCAGACGCCCAAGAACGAGAGGGAAGUCACCUGUCCUGCUCGCCACGCUGACGUCACAUCGCGCCACCACGCCGGCCGCGCGAUCGCGAGGGCGGUGGCGGGCGCGCCGGAACACGAGGCAGCUUCACUUUCGCGGCGCGCUUGAUAGGGAUCGGUCGAUAUCGGAUUUCGCGGAUUCGUACUUACGCACUUAGGUUACCUAGGUUUAGGCUAAUCAUAUUCUUAUAACGUUGAUUUCAUUAAAUUUAAUUGUUGUUGAU